CUCUGCACGAACACACCGCCACAAUUGCUCCUAUGCUGACUUUCUCACAACGUAGCAAAGCACAUAUUAGGCUGCCUGUCAAUCGAUGAGGUACCAAUAUUGCAAGCUCCGUCAAAGCGAUAGGAAGUCAUGGCUACUACAUUCAUCUCUUGGGAAAUGAUUCCAACGGAGAUCGGUCCUGUCUGAAGCGAUCUCACUUACUUGACGUCGCCACAUUGCCUCCAGCGAGUCUGCCGCAAUAAAUUCUCAGGGUCCCAAUCUCCACCUUGGCAAGCAUCAUACAUUUAACCUGUCAUUCCAAGCUUUCAUUUUCCACAUAGAAUGCACAGCCGAAAAAUCGACGCUGCUUGAAUCGUGAUGGCUCCAAUUGGCUCGUCAUUUCCUUGGGCUCCGGCCGAGGCAUGGGCUGAGCACCGUAAGACCAUCACGGAGCUAUAUCUACGUCGAAUGAUGAGGUUGGAAGACGUGAUGGAAGUUAUGGCACGUGAGUAUAAUUUUCACGCCACUCUUAAGAUGUACAAGACGCGCUUCAAGAAAUGGGAUUUGGUGAAGAACAAAAGAUCAGCACAAGUCUUUACAAGGAGCGGUUCUGUUAUCGCCAUGGGAAAUUCACGCUGCCUUCAAAUGACACCAAAACUAGCAGCUCCAGACUUCUAUAAAAAUCCUGAGGACGCUUUUCGCUUCAUGAGUAUUUAUUUCAACACCGUCAGGUUUCGAGACCGAAUGCCCUCUACACAGGGUAACACCGUUGUCCUGGUGCCUGUGACUGCUGAGUGGGCAGGUUAUUUGGGAAUAGUGAAGUGUUUGUUCUCACUCGGUCGUCAUCACCAAGCUUUCAAGAUUGUUGAUAUGUGCUGCCACCGGUACAAGACUGUGCUGAGUUCACAGGACCUCUCUCUACCUGAUAUUACUGUCAGAGCCCUUAUGACUCUUUCGGGGCUUGAUUCUAGCCUUGUAGAGUUGUUUUUCAGGUUCGUCUGUAACAUGUCCCAGAUCGUCCUUGGGCCAUUUCACCCUUUUAGCACACUGCUCUCAAAAAUAAAGCAGGCUGGCCCAGGUAACCUGGUCUAUUGCAUAAAUGCCGCGUUUCAGUAUUAUGUCAAAAGCUUGGUCUAUAUUCGACCGCAUCCUAUGGUAUUGAACUUUGGAGACUACUUCCGGGACCUGAUCGACAAUAAAUUUAUGAAUGCGGACAAUAUGUAUCAUCAACUGUCAGACAUUAGUGGAGUUAAGGAGCGGGUCAACAAGGGUUUCAAAAUCGUAUAUAUAUUCAACAUACCGUUCAAUUACCUCUUAAAUAGAAUUUAGCUAGUUAAAGCACUUAAUAUUACCUUAAACUAAUCCCUUAAACAUAUUAUAA